GGACGCUGGUGCACCACCACGGCUUCACGUGCGACGGCUGCAAGGUGAUGCCCAUCGUCGGCAAUCGCUGCAGGUCGGUGACGUCGCCAGACUUCGACCUGUGCAGCCGCUGCAUGGCGACCUCCCCGCUCGUGUCCGAGCACGCGUUCGUCACCGUGGCAGAUCCGCUGUCGAUCGUCCGCCACGCCCUGCGGGUUGUCCUGCUGUGGCUGCCCGUGCUGCCCACGACCACCGAGGUGCCCCUGGAGCUGCGAGGCGUGGACCUAGAGGGCCUUCCACGAGCGACGCUUCUGGCGUACGCUCAGCGGCUGUUCGGCGUCACCGUGUGA